AUGGCCGUGGAGAGCGCAACGGACGAGAUGCGCAACAGAGUCAUGACCGUGGGGGCGCGCGUGGAGGAGAUGCGCCAGAGGCCAUGCGGGUACAGCGGCGACUGGUCUCGCAUCGGCGCCAUCUCCAAGGACACCGAGGAGCUGCUCAAGCUGGUUGCCUACGUCGUCGUGCCGCUCUCUGUGGCCCUCGUAUUUUCCUUAUCCGAAGACAGCGACCGUAAAUCUUAG